GCACCAUCCAAGGUGGUUAGAAAACGGCUUCUAGUCUAUAAUCACCUCGGCAUUCACCAACUGUCACAGCUCCAUAGAUUUUGUUUAUGUUGCAGCAACGCUUGGUUCUUGGUAAUGAAAGAGGACGCAGAAUAACCGUGAGGAGAGAGGGAAAGCAUUAAAAAAAAUCGAAGCAUAAUUAACGAGCAUUAAAAGUGUGAAAGAAAGCCGAACCGCGACGUACUGCACCCGAAAAUGGAGCUCAGCCAGAUGUACAAGAAGAAGAAAAACCGGUGGUCGAUUUCCAAAAUCGAAUUGCUGAUCGAUCUGUGGGCCGAGCAUUACCGUGAGCUGAAAUCGUGCCGACGGAAUGACCACGUCUUCGUGAAGAUGAAACAUAAGCUGGAGAAGAGCGGGUGCAAGGUUACGGUGGAAGACAUUCGGAUCCGGAUCAAUAACCUUUCCGCCAAGUACAGAAAGGAAUCAAUGCUAACGCUGUCCGGUGGUUCGCCUUCGCGUUGGCCACUGUUUAACAAGAUCCACAACAUCCUAAGCAACGAUGCCGGCGGACUGGAUGAAACGGUCGAAACUCAGGAGGAAAGCAUGGAAGAGACACCAGAGAGCAAAACUAAGGUGUACCAGCUGAAAUGCAACUACAGACACGAAAACAUUGACAACUUUUUCACCGAUUUGUACUUCAACCCACGUUACGCGGAUGUAACAUUGGUUACCUGUCACGAUGGUGAAACAUUCGCCAUUCCAGCUCAUCGAAUGGUGCUGGGCAAUUUCAGUAUGUACUUUGCAAACAUUUUCGACAAACUGAAUGUACCGCAAAACUCCAACACGUACAUUGUGUUGCCGGGAAGCAUAUCGCACCAGACGAUGCAAAUACUGAUGCAGUACAUGUACACCGGCCAAUCAUCCGUACCAGAGUACAACGUGGACGAUGUGUUGCGCAGCGGUGAGCUGCUGAAAAUUCGCGGCUUUUGGAGCGAAAGCCGAACGGGAAACCAGCAGCAACAGUCCUCGAGCAUGAGCAACAAACGUCGGGCACCGGGUGCUGAACCUCGCAAGAUGCACUAUCGCCAACCAGGUACCUCAUCGCAGGAAAGCAGCGAACCAAGUAGCCGCCCAGCAGCUGGCAGAUCGGCUCUCACAUCCGAACUGGCGACCGAGAUGGCUUCCGAUUCUGGUACGUCCGCGCUGGACGCAUUGGAUGAGCAGAAACGUCUUGCUAUCGCGGCCAUCCAGCGUGAUCUGCACGCUAGCUCGAUGCGUGCGAUGGCUCACGGUGCGGCCGCACUGUUCAGCAGCAGUCUCUCGGAUGUGAAACAAGAACCGACCGAAUGGGAUGAUCUGGAUGACGACAAUGAUUCGGAUGAAGACGUUAUGAUUCUACCGGAAGAGGCAGUCAAAGCGAAACUAACGACAGAUGCAAAACCUAAACCAACGGCACAAACCUCACAGGCAUCGGAACAUUACACGCUACAGCACCAACCGCAACCUCCACUGUUGGUUCCACAAGGGACGGAGAACGAGCGUCAGCAGCUGCAGGAACAAUCUCACUCAUCACACCAGCAACAACCAAUAGAACCCUCUCUGACCUGUGAUCUGUGCAGCUCGUACUUUACCAGCACCGACCAUCUGCUGCAGCACAUCAUCAGCUCGCAUGGUGACGCCUCGGAAGUACUGCGCAAGCGGAACAGGAUGGCAGAAGAAGAAACGCCACUAAACAACAUGCGUUGUGACUUUUGUGGGAAGUUCUUCACAUCGGCAGUUGACUGGGCCCAGCAUGUUCUGCAGGUGCACAACGAUCGUACCGCAGAGCUACAGCAACAAAUGGCCCAGUUUUCUGAAGAGCUGAUGCCCAGUAUUAGCAAAAUUCGUUCCAUCGCAUCAACAAGCUCCGCUGACUAAUGAUACUCACGAUUGGGCCCGGAAUGGACGGGGAGAUGAUGUUCCGGGCGGGAUGGAGAACAAAAACGAUAACCUCGAUUGAACAAUUUUAUGAUAUACUCUAUUUUACCCCUUCCGUUUUUUUACCGGCUAUGACAGUUGCUUCUUUAAUAUUAGUAUUUUUGCUGCGAAGCAAAGUACAGAUACAACUACAAAAGAAGUUACAAGUAGAAAAUUAUACAACAUUAGGCAAUAAGGACUUGUAGUAGAGCAUAAACAUAGAGCAUAGAGCAGACACAUUUGCGCACAUGUCGAAAUAUACGUUUUAACGAA